GAGGCGCUGCUGCGGUAUCGCCAGCGUUGAUCUCAGGAGACACUGUGGCUCAGGAGCUGCACGUUGACGCUCUAGGUUCUGCAGGGAGGCGGAGGACGGAGCCGCUGGCCCUGAGAACAAAAUGGCAGAUGCUGAGGCAGGCAAGAAGAUCUUUAUUCAAAAAUGUGCUCAGUGCCACACAGUGGAGAAAGGUGGAAAACACAAGACUGGUCCAAAUCUCUGGGGCCUUUUUGGCAGAAAAACAGGACAAGCGCCAGGAUUUUCUUAUACCGAGGCAAACAAAAACAAAGGCAUUAUCUGGGGAGAGCAGACUUUGAUGGAAUAUUUGGAGAACCCAAAGAAAUAUAUCCCUGGAACUAAAAUGAUCUUUGCUGGUCUUAAAAAGAAGAGUGAGAGAGAAGAUCUUAUUGAGUAUUUGAAACAGGCAACAUCUUCAUGAAAUGUUCUUACAACUUAAGAAUUAUUAGUUAUAAACCAAAAUUUUCCAAUUUCAAAUACUACAUGUUUAAAAAAUUCAUAUUUUAUCUUUCUUGAUCAGCCUGUAGCAAGUUUAACAUUUUAAAAUAAAAGUUGAUAUUUUUGA